AUGGAGACGAUCGCGUCCGCGGCGGCAGCGGCGCUGCCCGCGACCGAGCGCGUCACCGCGGCGGCGGCGGCGGCGGACGCUUUGCUCCUCGUCGCGGACGCCGCGCAGGGACGCGUCUCGAAGCUCGUGGGCGCCCGCGACGCGGUCCACGCGCGCCUCGAGCUCGGGGCGUUUGUCUCGACGUCGCGCGCGGUGGAUCGGUUCCUCGCGCUCGCGGAGGGUCUGAGCGGGCGGCGAUGUCUGAGCCUGAGGGCUUCCGCGACGGCGCAGAGGCGAGCGUUUUUGGCCGCCGCGCACGCGCGAUUCGUCGCGUCGCUCGGCGCCGCGCUCGACGCGGAGACGUGGGCGCCGAAGCGCGCGGCGCGGCGAUACCAGGCGGUCUUGAACGCGCUCGCGGACGCGGGGAGGGAUCCGGAUCCGCGCGUCGAGAUACCGACGCCAGUCGUCGUCGAGGAUGAGGAGGAGGAGGAGGAGGAGGAGGAGGAGGAGGGGCAGGAGGAGGACGGGAGCGGAAGCGGAACGUCGUCGUCGUCGACGACGGACCCGACGACGCUCCUCCUCCCGGGGGGGGGCCCGGGGAUCUCCGCGCCCGCGCGAUGCGCCCCCGGCGCGGCGUCGCUCCUGGCGCUCUCUCUGCUCGGCGAGUACGUCAACAUCGUUCGCGCGAUGCCGUCGCUGCGCCAGGACGCGCUCCACCGCGCGUGCGAGCUCGUGAAGGUGUUCAACGCCCGCGCGUGUGCCCUCGUGUUGGGCGCGGAGAGCGUCAGGCGCGUCCGCCUAUUUUCAUCACACCUGACUGGUCCCCGUACGACCCCAGCCGGAGGUUUAAAGUCCAUCGCCGCGAAGCACCUCGCGACGGCGCAACAGUCGAUUUGUUUGCUGCUCCGCGCGACGCCCGCGGCGUUCGACGCGCUCGACGCCACCGCGGGGGACGACGCGGCGGCGGCGGCGGCGGCGGCGGCGGGCGGCGCCGAGUCCGCGUCGUCGUCGUCGUCGUCGUCGUCGGACGCGACGCGGCGCGCGAUGUCGAGGAUCGAACUCUCCAGGGUCGUCGCGGAUCUGACGCUUCACAAGCGCGAGAUUCACGCGAAGCUCGUGUCGAUCAUGCGCGAGCGGCUGAGCUCGCAUCUCCGGCGGCUCGAAGAAGACGGCGAGGGCGGCGGCGGCGGCGGCGGCGACGGCGACGGCGACGGCGCGAGCGCGAGCGCGUUCGCGACCGACUUGAGCAAAGAAGUCGGCGUGAUGCGACGGAUCGUCGUCGGCGUCCUCGCCCUCGACGACCGCGUCGACGUCUUCGACGCGAUCGUCCGGCUGUUCGACGCGCGGCUCGCGGAGGCGCACAGGGCGAGGGCGGCGAGGGCGAACGGCGGCGACGCGCGGCGAAGAACGGCGACGUUGCGCGCGGACGGCGCGCUGUUGACGGAGACGCUCGCGAGCUUGGUGAACGGCGGGGACGGGCCCGGGCCCGACGCGUCCGCCGCCGCCGUCGCGCCGUCGCUCGCCGCGGCGCUCGCGUCUGUUGACGUUUCAUCUUCCGACGGCGGCGGAGACGCGCGCGGCGAAUAG